AUGGCGACUCCUGUGCUGUUCCUCUGUGCUGCUCUCUCCUCCCUCCUUUCUACGGCCGCUGCCUACAGGAUGCCAUGGGAGCGACGCAUGUUUGACGACGAGGCGACUGGGUAUGGUCCGGUGUUUGAGGAGGAGCCUCAGGACCUGGUGUAUGCAGAGGACAACCCAGACCAGCGCAUCUCCAUGAACUGCAGAGUACGCGCCAACCCCCCUGCCAACAUCAGGUGGUGGUUGAAUAACUGGGAGAUUAAGCUGUUGGAGCAGCCAGAUGAAUACUACAGCCUGGUGGGCGGUAACCUGGUGAUCAGCAACCCCAACAAGAACAAGCAUGCUGGGAAAUACGUGUGCGUGGCGAGCAACACGUACGGGACCGUCAUCAGCAAGGAGGCCACCGUCAAGUUCGGCUUCCUGGACAACUUUGCUACAGAGGAGAGAGAGCCGGUGUACGUCAAGGAGGGCCAGGGAGUCGUGCUGCUGUGUGACCCUCCCAACAGAGACCCUUACGAGGUGAAGUUCCAUUGGCUGUUUAACGACUACCCCAACUUCAUCGAGAUGGACAGCCGGCGCUUCAUCUCCCAGACGACGGGGAACCUGUACAUCGCCAUGGUGGAGGCGGCCGACGUGGGAAACUACUCCUGCUUCGUCUCCUCGCCCAAAAUAGCCAAGAGCGUCUUCAGCAAACCCAUCCCCCUCAUCCCCCAGCCGGGAGAGAAUCCUCCAAAGAAAUACGCUGCUGACAUCAAAGUGAAGUUCCCCAAGACCUACGCCCUGUUGGCCAAGAACAUCACACUCGAGUGCUUCGCCCUGGGAAAUCCCAUCCCCCAUAUCCGCUGGCGUAAACUGGACGCCGACCUGCCUCCUAACUACGAGGUGACCAUGAACGGAGCGCUGCUGCACCUGAUUAACAUCCAGUAUGAGGACGAGGGGAGCUACGAGUGUGAAGCCCUCAACGUCAAGGGCAAGGACUGGCAUCGGCAGUGGAUAUACGUGGAGGGGCCUCCUGAGUGGGCGUCGCACAUCAACAACACGGAGAUGGACGUUGGCAGCGAACACACGAUGCGCUGCGCCGCCAUGGGGAAACCCUGGCCAUGGAUACGCUGGCUAAAGGACGGAUACUCCUAUGGUAAAGGAGAGCUGAAGUUCUCCAGUUUGACGUUUGCGGACUCUGGGAUGUACCAGUGUGUUGCGGAGAACCCCUGGGGAACCAUCUACGCCAACGCAGAACUACGAGUUACAGCGUGCGCCCCGACGUUUGAGUACAACCCGAUGCGUAAGAAGCUGUUUGGGGCGCGAGACGGCCGCGUGGUGAUGGAGUGCAAACCGCGAGCGGCGCCCAGACCCAAAUUCACCUGGACCAAGGGCAAGGAGAAACUAGCCAACAACACCAGGUAUUCCGUGUGGCUGGACGGGAGUCUGGAGAUCUUGAAUGCUACUGAUGCUGAUGAGGGCGUGUACACCUGCUUUGCAGAGAACGACCGCGGCAAGGGGAACAGCACCGGCACACUCACCAUCACAGAUGCCACUAAGAUCGUGUCAGCUCCAUCGGAUACUGAGGUCUUGGUAGGAGAGUCCAUCACGUUGCCCUGUACUGCUGCUUAUGACGCCUCUCUGGACUUGACUUUCAUCUGGCACGUGGACCACAUACUCAUCGACUUCAACACACAGGGAGACCACUUCGAACUGUUACUGGAUCGUGAGAACAGUGGAGACCUGCUGAUUAAGAAUGCGUUGGCUAAACACUCGGGCCGCUACUACUGCACAGCUCAGACUGUGGUGGACAGCGUCACCGUGGAGGCAGACGUACUGGUGAAAGGUCUGCCGGGCCCCCCAGGAGGCGUUAUGGUGGAGGAGGUGCGUGACAAGUCGGUGAAGUUAAUCUGGACGCGUGGCAGCGAGCACGGCCUGCCCAUCAGUCACCACAUCGUCCAAUCACGAGACUUCUACGCCAAAGACCCAGACCACUGGAAGGUGGCCAAGACCUCUCCUGUGCUCCUCGAUCGCUAUGCCACAGCGGCAGAGGUCGUUGACCUGUAUCCCUACAUGCUGUACGAGUUCCGGGUCGUCGCGGUCAACGAGCUCGGAGAGGGAGAAGCCAGCUGGGCCUCCAAGAAGAUCACCACCUGGGAGGCAGUGCCGGUGGUGGCCCCUACUGAUGUGUCCGGCUUCGUGGGGAUCGAUGGAGAACUCACUAUCACCUGGACGCCAAUCCAGCCCCAGUUCUACUACGGUAAGAAGUGUGGCUACAUGGUGGCCUUCAAACCUCACGAGAACUACGACUGGGGGUGGGCCACCGUUCCCGACCCCGAGACCAGGCGCUACAACCACCGCGACCUUCACCUGACCCCUGGCACGGAGAUACAGGUCAAGGUCAAGGCCUACAACAGCAAAGGGGAGGGGCCAUACAGUAACUCCUCUGUGGUCUACGCUCCGGAGGGAGUGCCCACUGAGCAGCCUCUGGAUGUGUAUGCGCGGCCGGUGAGCGCCACUGAGGCGCUGGUCUGGUGGAUCCCCGUCUUCCAGCAACCACCACUACAGUGGGUAGAUGGGUACCAGGUGCGUUACUGGCGUAAGUACGAUGACAACGAGGCCGCGGCGCAGCGCAUUAUGGUCGCCAACGACGUCAACAACACCCGACUGGAGAACAUGCUGCCCGACUCACACUACCUCAUCGAGGUACGAGCCUUCAACGGCAUUGGACUCGGGCCACCCAGCGAACACUGUGAGAUGUUCACCAGGAGGCCACCCCCUACGCGGCGUCUGCGCCUCUUCAAGUACGUCAGCUGGAGCGGCAGGUGGCUCUAUCUCUCCUGGGAUCACAUCUACUCAUACUGGAACGAGUCUUACAUAGAGGGAUACAAGAUCCUGUAUCGUCAGGAGGGUUACCGCUAUGGUAAACUCUACACUACCGGUCGUCACUAUAUCGACUUCCCGUACCCGGAGACCGGAGAUUACGUCAUCGAGGUGCGCGCGCACUGCGAGGGGGGAGACGGACCAAUCGCACGCGUCUCCGUACAGGGAGAACUGGCUGGUGAUGCGUCCACCACUCAGUCCCUCGGUUUCAUCUCCGCUCUACUGCUGGGAAUUCUCACAACUACGGCUGUCAACCUGUAA